AUGAGCGAGGCUUCAAAGAAGAAAAAGGAAGCUGUAGUUGAAAGAUGCCAGAUUAGAGCCCAUUGGAAGCUCCUGGAGAUCCUCUGCCAGCGAGUGUUUUACGUAUAUGGAGAUGCAGCAACGGGGAAGACCCAAGUAAUCCAAGGGGUGCUUAGUCUCACAUCAGCUCGCUUUGCUCUAGUCAAUUGUGUGGAAUGUUACACAGCUCGACUCUUGUUGGAACCUAUUCUGCAAAAACUGCUAGUUUUGGUGAAACAACUGCGCAUCGCGGCUCACAAAGGUCAACUGGCUGACGACCAUUGUGUUAUAGUUUUGGAUAACUGCGAGCGAUUGUUUGAACUUGGAGACCAUUACUUUGUAGCAUUCCAGAAAUUACAAGAACUGACGUCUCUCUCAAACUUGUGUGUAAUUUUUAUCAGUCAAAUCUUGCCAGAGAAGUUCUGUACAGUAGUCCCAUACAUAAGAAUAUUUUUCCCUCAGUAUAACAAAGAUGACAUUCUGAAUAUUUUAAUGAGAGAAACACCUGAUAGUGAAGAUGAAAAGGAUUUGUUCAAACAGUUUCUUGUAUUUUUCCUUGACACGUUUUACCUGGCUACAAGGGAUCUCAAUGAAUUAAAACAUCAGAUGAUUGCCAUCUACCCGAAGUAUGUGGAGCCAGUAAAGACAGGAAGAAUCAAGCCUACUGACACUCACGGACUAUAUAAAAAUAUUGCUCCUCACAUUAGAGCUUGUCUCAACAACGUCUAUCUUCCCGGUAUUGGUGGAACUGAAAAUGCCAAUUCAAAAUCAGAAACGGUAUUGACCACUAAGAUUCUACAAUCAUUGGAUCUUCCGUACUAUGCGAAAUAUUUCCUAAUUGCUGCAUUUCUUGCUUCAUACAACUCACCAAAAGAAGAUAAACGAUUAUUUUUGAAAAAUCACGGAAAGAAAAAGAAAAGAUUGGUUCAAGAUCAGAAAAAAGAAAAUGCUAGCAAAGAAUUGCUUGGUCCUAAAAUAUUCACUUUGGAUAGAUUGCUAGCAAUCUUCUAUGCUAUAAUGGAAGAGAAGACUCCACUAAAUGCUAACUUGUUAGCUCAGAUCUCUUCCCUGGUUGAAUUGAGAUUGUUGGUAAAACUGGGAGAAGACUUAGACAAGCCUAAGUACAAAUGUGCAGUGGGAAUUGAAUGUGUAGAAGCAAUAUCAAGAACUCUGGAUUUCAAUGUGCGGAAAUAUAUGGUGCACUAACUGAAGACACAAACUGAACUGAAAGAAACCACUAAUUUGUUAUUUUUGUUAGUACAAAAGCCUGUGAUGUAAUGUUAUCAAAUAAGAUUUGAUUUGUAUUUUGUACAUUGCAUUUAGUUAAUAAAACAGUUAAAACACAA